AAAUAGUCUUGGUGCUCAUGCAAGCGGAAGUAGUCGUACAAAAACGUGAUUUAACUUUUCUUCAUUAGUCUUGCGUUUUUGUCAUCGUUUAUGUGGUUGUUUGGUUGUAUGAGUUAUGAAAAAAUUAUAUGUUUGGAUGAAAUUUAUGAAAUGAAAGAGAAAAGAAAUCGUCAGAAUGUGCGCGCGAGCGAUGCAAUUUUCAAACGUCGCAUGCUUCAUGAUUCCGUAAACACAUCGUCAUUAAUGUCUGUAAAACGUACAGUGAAUUUUAAAAUGAAGCGAAUGAACUAAAGACUGCUGAAUCAUAUGGCAAAGACAGUGAAUAUUCUGAAGAUGUCAUCGUAUUCAUUGGAGAAGACGCCUUACGAAAAUUUCGAUAAAAUUGUACAAAGCAUUUUCAUCAAAAGUGAAUCAUGAGCGCCGACGACGACUUUGAUAACGUUGAUCAACAAGAAUUAGACAGUGUUUUAUGUACUGAACAAGUUACAACCGAUUGUUGAAAUUCAUAUUCCAUUGGAAUCCUACAGUGGCAGUAUGGCCCUACGAACGAACGAUUUGUCUCUGAAUUGAGACAGUAAAUAUCAAUAUGCUGUCCUGUUGAAGUGCUAGAAAUCUUACGGAGGGAGCAACAUUAUGUCUGUCUUGAGCUCAGACAAUAAAAUUAAUGGCUUUAAGUUGAUGAGAUUAAUUGUUGAUGUUGGUGGAGAAGCUUUAAGAAUAACAUUGAGGAAACAACUGUCAGGUAGCGACAUGGAGACUGCCUUGAGCUCUAAAAAGAAAACUAAUGGUUUUAAGUUGAUGAGAUUAAUUGUUGAUGUUGGUGCAGAAGCUUUAAGAAUAACAUUGAGGAAACAACUGUCAGGUACUGAUUUAUUUUAUGUUUUAAAUGAUCCCGAAAAUGCGCAACUACUUUCAAGUCUAAAGAAUAGACAAAUCCAUCCACAUCAGUGGGAUGAACUGUAUCCAGAUCCUCCAAUAUUACCAAAUGAAAAUAAGUUUGACAUUACUUUACUUUGUAUUCUACUGCGUAAUAUUUGUGGUUUAAAAUCACCUCGUGAUCCAAUAUGGACGUCAGUAAAUGACCCCACUGAUUAUUCAACUGAAGCAGAUAUUACCCGUAUCAGGUUAUUUCGUAAUGAUCGUUUUGCUCACUUACCUGACACUUCACUAAGCUUUGAUGAAUUUGAAUAUCAUUUGGCGGAAAUAAGCGAACCAUUAGUUCGUUUAGGAAUAAGUCAGGAAGAAAUAGAUAGAUUGAAAAAUGAGUUGUUUGGUAAUGAAGAAUGUGAAAGAAUUUUAAGAGAAUGGGAUAGAUUAAAGAACGAUAUAACUGAUAUUAAAACUGACCAGAGAGGUAUUAAGAGAACAGUGGAGGGUGUAGAGAAAGAUUUACAACAGGUAGAGAAUCGUUUGUGUGUGAUUGAAAGUAAUCAGGAAGAAAUGAGAAGCAAUCAGGAAGAAAUAAAACGUCAAAUUCACUCACGUCCAGUAGAAGAUAUUUGGACAAAAAAGCUUGUAAGUUGUAACUUUGAAAGUGAAAUUAGACAUCAUUAUGAAAAAUUUUUGAAGGGAACACGGGAAUGGGUUUUUGAUGAGUUUUUGGCUUGGUUUGAAGACGACAUUUCUCAAAAUCGUGCAUUUAUUAUUUCUGCUGUAGCUGGCAUGGGAAAGUCUGUAAUUGCAGCUACUUUAUGUAAACGUUAUCCACAAUAUUUGACUGCAGUUCAUUUCUUUCAACACAACAACAGUCGUUACAAUAAAGCCAAUGUACUUCUUCAAUCUUUAGCGAUGCAAGUUAGUCGUAAGUUUCCUGCUUACAAACAACUUCUUGUGAAAAAACUUUCAGGUCAACUCUCUGAGCCUUUGAAUAACAUGAAUGUGGAAGGAUUAUUUUCCCUUCUUUUUACUGAGUUGUUUUAUAAUAUCUCAGAACUUCCCAAGCGAAUGUUAGUUGUGCUUGAUGCCCUUGAUGAAUGUGGUUAUCCAGAAAGAGACGACCUUGCUAAUUUGAUUGCUAAUCACUUACACAAACUUCCGCCUUGUUUUCGUUUUGUAAUUACAACCAGACCUAACGAAGUUGCUUUGAAUAAGUUCGAAAAAUUAAAUCCACUGUUCAUUAACUGUAGCGAUUAUCGCAACUUAGAGGAUAUUAAAUUUUUGAUUAAAGAAAGAAUUGGCUCUACUGACUGCCUUCCUGAUGUUAAAAACAGUUUGGCAGAAAAAACUGACGGACUUAUGUUGCUUGCAUCACUUCUUAGCAGCGAAGUAAAAAAUCAGGAUUUGUUGAAAGGUUCCAUACCAAAAGAUCUCAGUGAGUAUUACGAAAUUUGCUUAACAAGAUUAAAUAAGGAAUUAGAUUCGUUUGAUAUUAGUAACGAAAAGUUUCAGUCAAUUUUAAAUGCUCUGGCUGUUGCUAGAGAACCUCUUCCUUGGAAAAUGAUCGAUGACGUUCUUUGUUUGAAUUCGAAUCGCAUAUCACUUGGGGUUAGAAAAAUUAUUUCUUGUCUGUUUGUUAGCAAUGAAGAAGGAUGUGUUUCGUUUUUUCACAAAUCUUUAAGUGAUUGGUUGUUGGAUGAUCGAAAUCAUGAUUACUCAGUAAAAACUUCUUGUGGUCAUCGACUUGUUUUAGAUUUUUGUUUAAAAUCUUUGGAUAACCUCAAAGCUCAAGGUGUAAACUGUGAUGUCAUUAAACAUGUGACUGUGAGGUAUUCAGUCAAGAAUUGGUUGCUUCAUUUACUUGAUAUUUCUGGUAAUGAAUGUAUCGUUGAAAAUGUUGGUAAAUAUCUUGUUGACUUGGAAGUUUUAGUUGCUUCUAUUUUGGUUGACUCUCGUCGCACUUUAGAAAAUUUUAAACUAUUCAACGCACAUGAUGUGUACUUUCUUAUUUCUGAGGACACUCGAUUGUUAUUUAAUGAAGUUUAUUCUGUAAUGACGUACUUUGUGCGCUGCCCCACGUACUAUAACAAUGGAUUAGUUUUUUUGCAAAACGUUGCCAACGACGUCAAAGAUCUGUCGUCUCAAGCCACCACAAUGCUUCGAACACGUUUCAAAGAUUCACCAUAUCUAGAGUACAGAGAUACGGGUUUCUUAAAUGCUCGAUUAUUGCGUUUAGAUCGAUAUUUGUUUUCUGUUGAUGUUUCACGAAAUCAUGAUUACGUCGUCUGUGGUUAUUAUGAAUUUGUCGUGCAACUUUUUUCAUUGAGAACAAACCAAUGUUUAUGGAUAAAAAAUAUUGCUGGUCAGCUUAAGCAAUAUGAAGAGAAAGAAUUUUGCGUUGUCUUUCAUCCAUUCGAAGAUUUGAUUUUUGCUUCUCAGCUUGAUAAGAUAUUACAUAUUAAUGGUAAAAUUUCCUCCAGUCCGUUUCUUUGUGAUGAUUCUACUUCUAAGUUCUUUACCAACAAAUGUUUUUCUAAGGAUAAGUACACAAUGGUCACUAGUUACAAAGAUACUUUGACAGUAUGGGACGUUGAGAAAGGUGAGAAGAAACGCAGUAUUAGAUGUAAUGAUGUGGUGACCUUACUGUGUUUUUCUAAUUCUGGAAGAUAUUUGUGUGUUAUUAAGAAAAGCAACGUGGUUCUAAUAUUUGAUGUAGCGAAUAAUUAUGAAACACUCGUUUACUACGAUCAUUUACUGAAUAAUUUUACUACAAACUUUAGUGCUUUGUUCACUGUUGGUCUUCAUUCUUGGUGUUAUCAAGGGUGGGGAAAAUUCUAUGUGAAUCCCACUGGUGAGAAACUUCCUGACUUGAAUCCUGCUCUGGGAUUUUUGCCGCGUGCUCUUGAUCCUUUCGAUGACAAGAGAUCGAGCAUUUCCUUUGAUGGGUCAGAAAUGUUUUACUUUAUUUUGAAUAACGACAAUGUUCUUUUGUUUAAAUACAGAUUUGACUUUUAUCUUUAUUCAAUACCGCGUGCAUGUUUACCUAACAGUGACAGUUUUCGUAAAGAGAAAUUUUGCUCAAAUGGAAAAUUUCUGUAUCGAAGCAAUGAAGAAAAUUCAAGCAUAUUUUUAUACAAUCUCAACACAUUUGACUUUGUUGUCAAGCAAUAUUUUGUUAGUGACAUGGUUGCUGUAGAAAAUGGAGUUAUUUUGCUUACGGCAAAAAAUAUUCCUGAGCUUUGGAAUAAUGAUUUGACAAAACUUGUUUAUAGUUUCGAUGAGCUAAAAGGUACAAACAAAAUUUUUGAGGUCCCACUACAAUGCGUAAAAAUCAUCUUGCCACGAGGAUAAAUUUGAUCUUUGAUGAUAGAAUUUCUCACCGUUUUGGAUAAUGACUAUAUUAUCUUUAAGAAAAUCUUGUUCAGUUUUUAUGCAUGAUCCCUAUCAUUGUUGACAUUUCAAUUAAUGUCUGUUUGCGUAUGAUUUCAUAAAGCGACCUUUGUCUAAUUUUGAUUGUUCUGUACAGAGACCGCAGUCUACGAUAAUGUCAACAUUUAGAGAGAUCAUGUAUAAAAGCUAAAGUUAAUCAAUAAAAGAUGAAAAUUCAAUGAAAAUAAAGACAAACCAUAAACACAAAUGAUUUCGUGUCUAAGAUAAUAAUUUCCCUUGCACAAGAAUAUAAUUUUAUUGACUUUUGUCUUAUCACACAAACAUAUAAAAUGCAAACUAUUGUUAGUUAUUGUACCACAGGUUAUAUUUUGUUUAUAUCUACACCAUGUAAACAUAUAAUUAUCAUGCAAAUGUAUUCAGUGUAGGAUGGUUUCAAAAUUGCUCCUUUUUCGAUUCUCUUUUACACCAAAAACAAGUUUUUACUAAUCAAAUCAUUACUAUCUUUCACUGAAAUAAUUUCUUAAUACUUUUUAAUUAUUGCAUUUUGAUAUACAAAAUGUCUAUGUGUUAAGUUGUUAAGAGAGACAAAGACAUCCCAAUUGUUACUUCGGUUAUAUGAAUGUUUUCAUUCUUAUCAAUUGAAAAACGUAAAUUUAUAAUAAAACAAUGGUACCUUUGCUAAUUUUUUAAAGAAAAACUAAAAAUUUGGCUGUCUUUCUCACUGACUGUUAAAAAGUAAGUCGUAAAUUCCACAAUAAAAUGACUUAUGAUUGACGUUCAUCAUCGUAAUAAACAAUAUAACCAUUGAGAUGGAACACUCCAAACCAUGUGUAGCUGUACGAACAGGAAAAGUUAACUAAAGUCAAAGAAAGUUUUUCAAUAUGGAGAGACAGAGAACAAACCACAAUGUUGCAUAUGGAAGGGUGCUUAAUGAGAGGUUUUUAACUUUUAAUGAAAAAUCGAUAUCAAGCGUUGUUAAAGUUUGAACACUUUUACUUUGUGAAUCGAUACUUAUGGGAGGUAUUUUUUAACAAUAUCAACACAAGAAGGAGAAGCUUUAUUUCAGGAAGUGACGUAAUGACAUAAAUGACUAAUUUAUGUAUCAUGUUUUUCUGUGGAUUUAUUGUUGUACUUUAUAACGUCUCCCAGGUCACAUGUUCAUUGAAAUGUCAUCUGUUCAAUCAAAAUUGGAAGAUAUGAACUUUUACAUUAUUAAAAUGGUGAAGCUGGCUGUUCACUUUGUUCACUUUUUAUAAAACUGAAGCGUGAAAAUUAUCAUCUCAUGUGGACGUCUUCAUGUGAACAUAACAGAUAAGUAAUCAUGACAGUGAAUAAAAAGAAUUUGAUUUUAGUACACUGUUGCUAUUGGAGAUGGCUAAACGAUUUUUUUGCUGCAUCAUUGAAGCUGCUUCUUGAUACAAACAGACUGUCAUUGUGGCACUUGAUCGCCUUUGCGCAUGCUCUGAAAUAUGUAUGUACUUGAAUGAUACUAUAACAUUUGUGAUAUGAAUUAAGAUCUUAUCCGCAACAUGUCAUGAAAAUGUUGCAAACGUCAACUAUGGAUGGUUGUAGAAUAAAAGUGAUCAGUUUAGUUCAUAUAAAUGGUCAACAAUGCAUUUACAACAAAAAUGACUUCAACAUUAAAGAACGACAUCAAGUUACGAGAAGGAGAAAUUUGGAAAAUUUUAUCGUCUUUCUUUUUCAAGAUGUCACCUUUGUAGAUAUACUAUGUUUUAUUUUUUAUGUAGUGAACAAUUUUAAAUAAUUAAAUUUUAUUUCAUAUUGUUGUGUACAUAUCUACGUAUAGUGAAUAGAUAUCUUUUAUAACAACUCAUAAACGGACAUCUACCAUAAGCAGACAUUAGGUUGUGGUCUCAAUGAUGUCCGUUUGCGAGAGGUUAAACAGUAUGAAAACUUUUCGUUUUUAUUCUCUAUAUUUAAGUUUCUUGAUUUUCGUUUUGCUCUUUGAAUGUUAAAUGCUAAAUAAAUGAAUCCUAGAUAACUCAACACCAAUUUUUGGACUAAAAGUAAUUUGCCAAAUGCCAUGGGAAGAAUUACAUCAAUCGUGCUUUACAAAAGGAGGUGUUGUAUCUUGAAUUUAAAAAUACCAAUUUUGAAAAAUAGCAUUGAAUAGUUGUUUAAUAACUUUCACUCAAUAUUUAGUAACAUUUUUUGGUAACUGUCAUCUUGUAAAGCAAGUUAAAAAAUACCCACAUUGUAUCAAAACAGAAAAAUUGCCGUUGGCAUUUUAGAGUCUGGUUUGGAUUCAUUUAUUUAGCACUUAUAAUAAAUUAUUUAGGGGAAACUUUCUUUUUGCGUGAUGUUUUGUUGAACUAUGUUUUUUAAGGCGUAUUAACAUAAUUUUAUGUACUAUUAAUUUGUAUGUUAUUGGAGGAAAUAAUCGUUGUAUAAAUAUAUUUUUUGCAGACAUUUUA